AUGUACUGCCCUGGGUUUGGUCUCGCAGGCAAAGCCUCCUUCAAUGUUUACGUGCAACGGUCUAAGGUCACCCUCAAGUGUGCCAUGGACUCUGUGGUGGGAUUCACUCUGGUGCUGGGCUACAUGUGCCUCCUCUUGGCUUUCAUGGCAAGGAAACUUCCAGAUAACUUCAACGAGGCCAAGCUGAUCACCUUCAGCAUGAUCAUCUUUUGCGCCGUCUGGGUGGCGUUUGUUCCCGCCUACGUCAGCUCACUGGAAGUGUUCGCCAUCCUCGCCUCCAGCUACGGUUUACUCUUCUGUAUUUUUGCACCAAAAUGUUUCAUCAUUGUUCUUCGGCCUGAGAGAAACACCAAGAAAUAUCUGAUGGGCAGAUAGUGGCUUCAUUCUCAGCUUUUGUUGUUCCUCUGCUAAUCAGACUCCUGUUUUAUCAUCUUCUUACACCUCUUGUGCUAACUGCCAAUGCCCAAGGUAGUUGCUCACGCUUAAAGUACCAAUAACAACCACUAGAUGGCAACAACCUACCAUUAACAUUUGACUUGUCUUCAUUGUUGUAAGGCUGACUGUACAUGUCCUAGUUUGUGGCUUAACAUUCAAUAAUAUCAUAAAUAACCACUUUUAGAUACUUAUUCAGUAAUGACUAGGGUGACCAAACGUCCUAAACUGUGUUUUUUUUAAGAAAGUAAUGUAAAUUUCCUGUGUUCUGGAGUUGUUAUAUUCAUAUAUAAUAUAAUAAUAAUAAUAUUAUUCAUAUUCUCUUAUAUAGAAGAGACAUUAUUUCUAUCAUUUCAUCCUUUGAUUUUAAAGGAUUUUUGCACCAUUAAAAAUUCUAUGCUUGUGUAGAAGAGAGAUAA